AUGCGCAACCUUCUACAAAAUCUAGACGGCAUGCUGAAGAUCCGCCCAUCCUCCGAGAAUGUGUCUAAACUCAAAGCUCUGGAGAUGUUUCCCAUUGCGACCCAUAAAGGCCAAUGGACACUACAAUCUGCUGAUUCCGGCGAAUUCUGGAUUCCAGAUAUCUCUGUGUUGCACGAAUGCUUCCGGGGUCACGCACCACUGCUUGAUCUAAGCGAUGACGGAAAUGGAGCCAAUAUAAGCAACAUCGUGUCCGUGCUUAGUCUGAAAAGCAAACUUUUGACGGAAGCAGUGAAGUAUUAUUAUGAUGGGAAUACGGAGAAAGGCAGAGAGUAUCCCGAGUUAGAACGGGAUUUGGAAAGGAAAGCAGCUUAUAUCGGAGGAAUACUGAAAGGCGAAGGCCAAUCCCUAGAGCAAAUUACGGUUCGCGUAAACCAAGUGAGAAAUAUCAAAGCCCUUCGGAUGCCACAGGUUAUUAUCGGAAGAUACGUGGUUGGUAAGAGUUCGGCGUACGUGGGUGAACAAGUAGAAGGCGGCUUGCGCAUCAUUACCAAAGAGCAACGCCUGCUGGUUCUUGUGCAUGAAAACCUGAAACAGGACGCAAUGGCUCGUCUGUUAAGGAAAGAGAUGGCCAGGCAUCUUGAAGUCAGCCAACAUAGCGACUUACUUGGUGACCUCCUGGCUGCAGAUGAUCCAGAAAGCCUACUAGAAGACCUGCAGCGAGCAGGAGCAUAUCAAAUGCACUUAGCGGACGUGCCCGCAGGCGAAAGAACUGAUGCUUCAGAAGAGGUCGAUAGUGAUGGUGAUAGUGACAGCGACGAGACAGCUUUGGAAAAGUCAUCAAACGUGAGAACCGACAGGCAGCAACGCUUUCCAGUCUCACCCGAAGGAACACAUGAUGGAGAGUCUGAUGUGGAAGACGCGCAAUGGCGGCUCAAUUAUUUCCACUACGGCAAGAGCUCGAAGGAGUUAUCCGAAAGUACUGGGUACAACAACUAUAUCGAAAGAACAUCUCCUGCGCCUAUAACGGCGAUCACAACGCCCUCAAUCCGCUCUACAUCGAACAUGUUGCGAGGCAGUUUAGUGAAGAGAGGGCUGGGCUCUGCCGACAACAGCAGCGUCGACUUUUUGGCUUCGGCGCUCGCUGAGGUCUCCGUGGCGGACGAUGGCCCAGGCACGAGCAUAUCACAGGACCCUCCAGGAUUUGCCGGAUCAGCCACACAAAUAGAAGAUGCUAGCCCAGCCGCGAGAAACCCACGACUGAUGACCAGCAGAGAAGAGCAAAACUCUCCGUCGCCCAGGCAAAAUCUAAACGGCACCAACAGACGUAGACUAUCUAGGUCGCUUGGCCAACCCCUAACUCCAUCAGCACAGGUGUGGCGUGGAUCACUUCAACAUCUUCACCAACGUUCAUGGAAUGGUGGUUCUAGCCCUUCUCAGCCAGGCUCAUCGUCAGAACGGAGAAAAGAGAUCGGUAGAAAGGGAGAGCACAUCUUGUACACAUUCUUGCAAGGAGAGCUCGGUCCAUCGUUUGGCGAGAAACACUGGACCAGCAAUGGUCGCAAGCACUAUAUCCCAACUUGUCUCGAUCACUACCCGAGCCUUUGUCCCCCAGGAUGUCGCAACUACUACUCUAUCGACGAAGGAGGGCGCGCGGACUUCACAAUUGGAGAUUCAGAUGCGAGUCAGGCUUUUACGCAGUAUCUGAGAGCUAACUGGGGAUGGAAUAGAAGCGUGGACAGCAACACGAAGUACCACCUCGAAGUCAAGUCAACGCCGAAUCGCGUUGAGAAUGAUACUUACUGGACCCUCAGCGCCAAUCAGAUUCGGAUGGCACGGCAAUGGUCAGUGGAUCUAGUCACUGCGUCUGAGCCUUUACGCCACGUCUAUGUUCUUGUGAGGGUCUUCGACGUCGACGGUGAGCCUAGACUGUGGUUUGUCGUUGAUCCAUGGGCGUCGACGUCUCUCGAUCUGAUAUCGGAGGUCGCACAGAGGCCUGCCUACGCCCUCGAAAGCGAUACUUUGGCAUUAGCAGUGGGCUAUGCUCAAGACUGGGCUCACCACAUCGAUCUGCCCGCACCUGAAAAAGCGCGAGGGCGUUGUGCUCCAGGUUCAUUUCCCGGCGCUGUCGGACAGAAUGCAAGAGAAGAUGCAUCAAACGAGCCAUUCGAGCUAACUUUCGCAGUUCCGCCGCUCCCCUCACCACAGAGCGCUGCAGUCCCAACCACCAAAUGUAGUAGCUUCGAACCGUUCGUGGAACGAGACCCCAGCGGCUAUUCGAUGGCUUACCAGUCAAUUCCGUUUAUGGACAGUUUUAAACACUAUUCUUUCGAGGAACUCAGGCUUGCUGAUCAUGAAAUGGAGUCGUAUAUUUCGAACCCCAGAGGGCAACGGCUGGAACAGGCUCGGUGA